AUGGAUAGGUUCCGGAUGCUCUCCCAGCACCUUCAGUCCAGCUCGGAGUCCGUGAUGAACGGCAUUUGCCUUCUGCUGGCUGCCAUCACAGUCAAGAUGUACUCCUCCUUCGACUUCAACUGCCCCUGCCUAGCACGCUACAAUGCCCUCUAUGGCCUGGGCCUGCUGCUCACACCCCCUCUGGCCCUCUUCCUCUGUGGUCUCUUGGUCAAUAGACAAUCUGUGGUGAUGGUGGAGGAAUGGCGCCGGCCAGCAGGCCGCCGGAAGAAGGACCUGGGCAUCAUCAGGUACAUGUGCUCCUCCGUGCUGCAGCGAGCUCUGGCGGCACCCCUGCUCUGGAUCCUGCUGGCUCUCCUCGACGGGAAGUGUUUCGUGUGCGCCUUCAGCAACUCCGUUGACCCUGAGAAGUUUCUGGAUUUUGCCAACAUGACCCCCAGCCAGGUACAGCUCUUCCUAGCCAAGGUGCCCUGCAAGGAGGACGUGAUGGUUAAAGAUAGCCCCGCACGCAAGGCUGUCUCUCGAUACCUGCGGUGCCUGUCACAGGCCAUCGGCUGGAGUAUUACCUUGCUGCUGAUAGUGGCAGCCUUCCUAGCCCGCUGCCUGAGGCCCUGCUUCGACCAGACCGUUUUCCUACAGCGCAGAUACUGGAGCAACUAUGUGGACCUGGAACAGAAGCUCUUCGAUGAGACAUGCUGUGAGCAUGCGCGGGACUUCGCGCACCGCUGUGUGCUGCACUUCUUCGCCAGCAUGCAGAGAGAGCUGCAGGCUCUGGGGCUACGCAGGGACCCUAGAGGUGGAAUCCCAGAGUCACAGGAACCCCCAGAUCCCCCUGAGGACCUGGAUAGUGGAAGCGGGAAGGCAUACCUGCGUGCGAUCUCCAGCCGGGAGCAGGUAGAUCACCUGCUAAGUACCUGGUACUCCAGCAAGCCGGCCCUUGACCUCACAGCGUCCUCCAGGCUCUGGGGGCCUGGCCUCAACCACCGUGCCCCUAUAGCUGCUCCAGGUACCAAGCUGUGCCGCCAGGUCGAUGUGUAG